AUGAAGCCUCAGAGAAAUAACAACAUAAUACAAACCCCACCGCAACAUUAUGCAACCGGAGACGAAGGUACUUUUCAGUCAUUUUCGCCGGGGGUUCUCACCGAUUCCGGUGUUUUGCCGGGGUACGAUCGGGAUCAGAUAGCAAGUUCUCUUCCUCCUUCAAUCGAUGUGGAUGAAGAUGUAUGUAGUGCGUUCUCUUCUCUCAAUAUCUCCCCCACCACUCACCUCCACAGCCCGAAGCUCCUCCCCGAGAAUCUCCACGGCGAAUUUCGCGGUUUUGGAUCUCCGAUCGGCAUCGGCGAGGGUUCCGUUCAUCCCUUUCGGAGCGAUAGUGGUUUAAGAGGUGGAAACACCGGUAACAGUAACCGAAGGAUUUAUUCCAGUGUGGGCCAUGCUCACCCCUUUACGGUGGACCCUCGUCAACAUCAGCAACAACCCCUGUGGCGCAACAGAGAGGUUCGUUCUUCUGGGUUUGACUUUGACCAAUCGUCCGACUUGCUCCACACGGAACAACUCAAUCCAUAUUUCCUCUGUUCAUCAAACUCAUCUGCUCAAAUUCUCGAUGAAACGUUUCUUCCAAACACCAUAAACGUUAACAACUCCAGUUUUUCAAGACCUGUUAGCGAUAAUCAUAAUCUGAUCUCAACUAGAUUUCGAAAUCACCAGCUUUUGAGCUUUUUGUCGCUAAAAGAAUUGAGGGGCAGGAUCCUAUCGCUAGCCCAGGAUCAAAAUGGUUGUCGAUUACUUCAAUCAAAGUUCGAAAACCCAACAAAUGAAGAGAUCGAAAUGGUUCUGUAUGAGGUAUUGGACUCCAUUACCGAUCUCAUGAAAGACCAGUUCGGGAAUUACUUAGUUCAGAAGCUCAUUUCAGUUUGCAACGAUGAUCACAAAUUACGGAUACUUCUUUCCCUGACCGAUGUCCCAGUUCAAAUGGUUCUUGUUUGUAUGAAUCCACAUGGGACUAGAGCAAUGCAGAAAUUAUUAGAGAACUUGACAGACCCAUAUCAGAUAGCCUUAGCAAUGGCGGCUCUCCGCCCUGGUGCCGCUAGAUUGGCUAAUGAUCCAAAUGGUCAUCAUGUUAUUCAGUAUUGCUUGAUUCAUUUCCCUAGUGAGGUUAAUGAGCCUAUCUUGAAUGAAAUAGCAGAUAAAUGUUUCCAAGUUGCUACAGAUAGAAGUGGUUGUUGUGUGCUGCAGGCUUGCGUGGAGCAUGCUCAUGGUGAAGUUAGAAACCGUUUGGUUUCUCAGAUUUUAGCAGAUGCGCUCCAUCUAGCAGAAGAUCCUUACGGAAACUAUGUGCUGCAACACAUGGUGGGGCUGAAUGUACUUGACUUCACUACACACCUCGUGAGGGAGCUUCAAGGGAAUUUUGCAAAUCUAUCGUGCAACAAAUACGCGAGUAAUGUGGUUGAAAAAUGUUUAAUCGCAUCAGGAAAAGAUAUCUCAAGCCAAAUUGUUAUGGAGUUGAUCACAAGCCCAAAUCCUUCAAUGCUUCUUGUGGAUCCGUAUGCAAACUUUGUCAUCCAGUCAGCGUUGACCGUUUCCACGGGGUUCAUGUACGAAUGUCUACUAGAGGUGAUAUCCGACAACAUGUCGUCCAUGAGAAGCAAUCUUUAUGGUAAAAAGAUAUUGGCGUGGUUUGAAAAGAGGAGAAUUCUUGGCAUCUAGAAAGAGCUGGAAGUUGUGAAUACUUGGAAGGUCAAAUGUAGUUUGUGAAAUCAAUGUCUUGUUUGAUAUAGAUAUUACAUAUAUAUGUUGUGUUGUGUUUGUAGUGAAAUUGUUGUUACUUAAUGUGUUAAGUUUAGUGUUAAAAGAUGAAUUAGGGAAUAAUCUCAAGUUGUAUACACUCUUGAAUGUGGAGUUAUAGUGUUGUUAUUACAAUCACAUAUUACUAUUUACUAAUGUUUGUCUGGCUGG